AUGGUUCUCAUCGGCAGGGAAUGCUUGCCAGCUCAUGAGCGCGCGUAUCAGCUGGAGAUGCUGCGUGCUAGUCUCCAGCGGAACAUCAUUGUAGUGAGGAACCAGACUCAGCUACUGACGCGAGGGCUUCAGAUGGAUACGGGGACAGGAAAAACGCUAGGCGGUUCUUCGGAUAAGGGAGGCACUGAAUAUGAUCCCAGAUAA